AUGGAGUAUUCCAUCAACGUCAAGUCGUCGCUUUACGAAUCUAACAAGGAAAAUUAUGACCCAUUAAACAACCGUUUUCAUGGUGUCGGCAGGGAAGAUAGAGAGGGACUAGGAACAAAGAAACUGGAAUACGCACUUUUACGAGAAUAUCACAGGGAUCCAUUGACGGAAAUUUUCAUUAACGAGAUACAAGAUGUUUUAGAGUUUGAAACUGAGAUUGUCAUUGCACGAUCCACCACUGUUAGAUCUCCCGUUAGAUCAAAUAACACUAGAUCGGGAACUUUUUCCAAUAAUGAACAAUCUCGUACAAGUCCGAGACGUGUGGGCAAAAAGACAUUGAAGAAAAAGAAAAAAACGACUACACCGAAAUCUAAAAAUAAGACAAAGUCUGCUAAAGAUAAAACACAUAAAGAGAAUUUGACUCAACGGAAUGAGACUGGAAAGCUAGCGAAAGAAAAAACACACAAUAAAUUGUUGUUGUUAAGAUAA